CAGGAGCGGACUGACCAUUUGGAAACUGAGGGCCCGGGGUCAGUAGGGGGCCCCAUGAGAUGCCCCUGGUAUGUAUUUCAUACCUUUUUCAUAGGCUUUUUUGAGUUUGGGCAAGGACACAGGGGCCCCAUGAUCCCCUAUUGCCUGGGGGCCCCAUGAGUUGUCAGUCCGCCUCUGGUAUUCUGCCCCUGUUCCUGAUGUACUGAUGGCCUAGCUCACUUUUUGAGUCCCAAAAAUGUCAGGACAGUACAAAU